AUGGUAUCAGUUGUUCAGGUCCUUUUGGCUGUUAAAACUUACAAGCUUCAACGGUUUCUUGAUCUUAGUACUGUUUCACCAUCUCAAGUCAUUAUAGAAGAGGAUGGUGUGACUCAAGAAAAUGUCCUUUUGGCUGUUAAAACUUACAAGCUUCAACGGUUUCUUGAUCUUAGUACUGUUUCACCAUCUCAAGUCAUUAUAGAAGAGGAUGGUGUGACUCAAGAAAAUGUUGAGUUUACUCGGUUUGAACAACAAGAUAGUACCAUUGCUUCUUGGCUUUUAUCUUUGGUGAGUCAAUCUGUUUUACCUCAUCUUAUUGGCUUGGAUACAAGUGCCCAAAUUUGGAAUGCUAUUGUGUCUCUCUAUGGUAGUAAAACUACAUCUCGACUGAUGUUUUAUCGUCGUGCCCUACAUUCACAACGUAAGGGGGAUCUUACAAUGAAAGAGUUCUUGAUGAAAAUUAAGUCAUACUGUGAUAAUCUUGCCAGCUGUAGAGAGAUUAUCAGUGAAUGUGAGCAUGUCACUGCCAUUCUCAAUGGGCUACCUUCAGAGUAUGAGUCUGUCAUCUCAAUUAUUGUGGCUAACCAACUUCCGUACAGUGUUCAGAAUGUCACCACCAUGUUAAUAGAUACUGAAGCUCAACAGCAGGUUAUAAUGACUGAGGUUCCUACUUUAGCCAAUUUGGUCUCUCAGCAAGAGUCCAACUCCGACAGUAACAGUUGUUCUUCAUCAUAUCGACCUUUCACUACUCGAGGUCGUGGGCAUGGUCGUUCUUCUAAAGGCCGUGUUCAGUGUCAACUGUGUGGAAAAAUGGGACACCUUGUUGAUCGUUGUUACCAUCGGUUUGAUGCUUCAUACAAAAGCAUGGGCUACAGGUCUCCACCACAGGCAAAUGUGUGCGUUUAUGGUCCUGGUUCAUCUCUUUGGAUACCACCCUCUGUGCCUAUGAUGCCCCCUAUGGUUCCAUUGUCUCCUGUAACUUGGCCACCUUCACCAGGCUGGUCUUAUCAAGCAACACCUACACCGUCUUGGACAAAUCUAUUUGUGGGCAAUCUCAUGCAACCUGUUACUCCAUCUACUUCUGCUGCUCCACUGUCUAAUACUUUUCUCACCACAGCUGAAACAGUCGGUGACAACGCUUGGUACCCUGACUUUGGGGCAACUUAUCACCUUACUCACUCAGUUUCUAAUAUUGGUGACAGUUUAUCUCACAGUGGACCAGGUAAGGUCUAUGUUGGAAACGGUAAUGCUCUACCUGUACUAUGUUCUGGUCAAUCAUCUCUGCUUACUAGAUCACGGCCACUGUAUAUGAAAUCUUUAUUGUUUUCUCCUGGCAUAACCAAAAACCUACUCUCUGUGUCUAAAUUUACACGAGAUAAUCAGGUCAUGUUUGAGUUCCUGCCCACACAAUGUCAAGUCCGAGAUUUGAAAAUCAGGGAGGUGCUUCUUCAUGGCUCGGUACAUUAUGGGCUUUACAAGUUGUAUUUACCAGCUGCUGCAGAACAUGAUCAAGUUCCACCCAAUGCUCAUUGCUUCACUGCUAGUGCACAGAUUCCUUUCAAUAUCUGGGGACCAGCUUCGAUAACCUCCAAUAAGUUUCAAUAUUAUGUUGCCUUCAAUGAUGCUUACACUAGAUACACGUGGGUCUACUUUUUGCGUAGGAAGUUUGAGUAUCUUACUCAGCAUAGGAUUACAAAACGACUUACAUGUCCCUACACCUCAGCUCAAAAUGGCUUGGUUGAACGCAAACAUUGCCAGAUCGUUGAAACAGGCUUCUUCAUGCUGGCGCAUGCGUCCAUGCCCAUUACCUACUGGAAUGUGCCUUCAGCUGGGCUGUUUAUCUUCUCAACAGGCCUUAUAACAAUCAUAAACUUCUAUUUCAGUCUACCCCUUGUACCUUCUUGGGUUACUCACCUCUUCAUAAAGGGUAUAGGUGUAAAGCUAGCAAUGUCAAUCACCUUGUGUCAACCCCCUAUCACAAGUUUACCUAACUCCCCUACACCAACUCACAGUAACUCUAAUAGCCAGACAUCUCACUUACCUCUUUCUAGCUCUAUUGUCUAUAUCCAACCCUUUCCUAACGCAUCUAGCUCACUAGUUCCUACUCAACCAACAGUCAGUAUCCCUACUACUGUUCCACACAACUCUCAUGCAAUGAUUACUCGCAGCAAAGCAGGCAUAUUUAAGCCAAAAGCCUAUCUAAGCAUCAUGCCUUGUUCUGACAUUCCUGCUGACAUUCAUGCAGCCAUGGAACAUAAGUGUUGGGUCGAUGCUGUUCAUGCUGAGCUUCAGGAUCUUGAGCGCAAUAAUACUUGGACGUUGUAUCCUUAA